AUGGAUUCCCCAAAUUUAAGCUUUCCCAACGACCCCAUAUUCACCCAACUCGCCAGCCUCAGUCGCAACAUCUCGAAUGUGAUUAUUCAUGAUGAUUAUGGCAUCCACGAAGGGUACAAAGGCCUUCUAGGUGACAUAAUACAUCUUCGCCAAGUCUUGCGAGAGCAGCUUCCCCAUCACUGGUUUGAUGGCAGGGGAAUUUUGGGGUCCGAUGCCACGCCCAUAGCAUCUAUAGCGGCGAGCGGAUAUUACUUCCUUGUUGGAUUUCUUGCCGUUGCAGCAAUUGGGGGGAAAUUUGUGCCUUUGCCAAUCACUGGGCCUUUGACAAUGACUGCCUGGGCUUUAGACAAGACAGAUAUAACAUUCUGUCUUUCAGAGCCUAACGUAGCUACUCAAGCCACUGCAAUUGAAGACCAUAUGAAUGCGGCUGGGCGACGGCUUCAAAUACUCCCCAUCGAACGGGCGGGCUCAAGUUCGCAUACGACGAUGGAAAUUGACGACAGUAUAACAAUUCCCAAGAGUGACACUUUAUUAGUGCUCUUUACAUCAGGCAGUACUGGACGGCCCAAAGGCGUUGCCCUUCCUCGUGAAAGAUUCUUUUUCCAAGGCCAGCAAGAUCCCACGGGAUUAUUUUUAGGGUUCCGGCCCCUAAACUAUAUAGGAAGCGUAAUCCUUCCUAUCACCAAUGUCCUGCAAGGAGGGGGUGUACGUUUUCUCAGGCAUGGCAGUGGUGUGUCGCACAUCUGGGAGGCGUUCAAGGAAAGCAAUAUCACUUCUUCGUCGAUUACACCUAUUGCCUUGAAGGCUCUUCAAGACCAUUAUCUCACUACCAUUUCACACCUGCCAUCAGAAGAGUGUGCAGCUUAUGUGUCUGGAAUAUCCAGACUACGCUUGGUCAUUACUGCUGGCUCUAUUCUGAACCCCGAUACGGCUAAAUUUUGGAGGAAACUCACAAAUAUGCCAAUUGUUCCCGCCUUUUCUACGACUGAACUAGGAGGACCGACCAUCACUGUACCACUUGGUACGCCCUUCAUCGAUCGUUUGAUGGGCGAGCCAAUCAGAGGUGCUGAAGUCAAGGUAUCUGGAGGAGAUAUUGGCGAGCUUUGCAUCAAAGUUCAUGGAAUGUUCACACAUUAUUUGGGCGACGAGGAAGCCACGAAAUCUGCGUUCGAUAAUGAAGGGUUCUACAAAACAGGUGACAUAGUUCGUCAGGUCGGAAACCAAUACUUUUACGAAGGCAGAGCGUCAUGCGAUUGGAUUCGGUAUUCGUCCUUUACCAUAUCGGUCAUUGAGCUUGAACAGCGUUUGAACAGCCUUCCGUACAUAUCUGAAGCCCAUGUUCUGCCAGUCAUGAAUUAUGAAGUCAGAGAACUUGUUGCAGCGGUCGUUCGCCUUCAGACUAUGGGCCUUGACCAAAAAGAUGCCUUGGAGGUUAAUCUUCAGAAAAUACGUCAGGAUCUCUCUUCAACCACAGAGAUUUACAAACUACCAGCACUUCUGCGAAUUCUGAAAAGUGAAGAAGGAACCCCCGUCACUGCUUCCGGUAAGCCCUUGAAGAACAAGAUGCGGGAGACGUUUUUUCAGAAGUCAAGUGAUCCAAAAAGUACUUACGCUGUCCCGGGCGUAGAGUUUUGGGAAAGUGCAGUUGAUUUGAACUUUGUAUUGAAGGCUAGGAACUUAGCUAAAUAA